AUGGCAGACUUUGCUCAAGCCUUGCAGGGUUUACCGGAUGAAGCCGUUGAAGUGAAUCAAAGGGCUUUAAUCGAUAAGGUCUUAGCGCGUUAUUCGGGAGAGAAUACGGUCUUUAGGGAACUUUUACAAAACGCCGACGAUGCUUCAGCAACUGAGGUCGAGAUCAAGUUUUUAUCUUCAACUGAAUCUGAUAUCUCAAGCCCAGCACCUUCAAACGAACCACUUCCUGACCUCAAGACUCACAAGAUUGCUAGGGUUGUGGCGAGAAACAAUGGGAUUCCAUUCAGGGAACAAGAUUGGUCAAGAUUACGGAAAAUCGCUGAAGGAAACCCAGAUGAAUCCAAAAUCGGAGCUUUUGGUGUUGGAUUCUACGCUCUGUGGUCGAUUUGUGACUCCCCUAUAGUCAUGUCUGGCAAUUCUAUCAUGGGCUUUAGCUGGAGUACAAAGAAUCCAGAUCAACUAGUGACCCGUAAAGGAACGAAUCCAAGUCCUUCAUCCUGGACAACAUUUGUGAUGGAUGUUCGAAGUCCUUCACCAAUUCCACCUCCCUUUGAAUUCAGUCGAUUUCUCGCCACGAGUUUGGCUUUUACUACUCAGAUCAAAGUCUUGAGCUUGUAUUUCGAUAAUCAUCUCUUAUGCAAAUUGGAAAAGAAACUUGCACCACCUCAGACUCUCACUCCACCAUCUAAUCUCAGUGCUCUCGCUCCGAUGCAGAUGAUGAAAAUUGUUGCUGUGGAUCAAACCAGUGUUCAAAUCGACGCUACUGUGCUUCGAUUGACACUUCAGGGACUCAACACCAAAAGCAAAGCGUCAUCUUUCAGUCCUGCUGGAGCUGCUGCCACCACCUCUUCUUUUGCAUCCAGAAUGCUCUCCGCAUUUACCUCAAAGUCAACUCCUUCGGUAUCCCCAUCACAUUUCCCCGCGCCCACUGAAACUCCCAUCAACGCCGAGCCCCUGAUAAGCUUGAAAGCAAGUUUGUUCUUGCGUGUUGUCACAGGAAACGUCAAUGUCAGCGUCCCAGCUGCUUUCAGCUCUGAGCUCGAACGUGCCACAAAAAAACCGCCGCCUAAAAAAACUCAAUAUCAAUUGGUAUGGACCAACAAGGACGAAUUCGACGCGGGUAAAGAGAGCAGUGCUGAGGAUAGCGACUCUAAGCGACUAAUCGGGGACAAACGGGCAAGAGCUGUUUUUGACGGGCUCAUCUCAGACCUGGAAGUGCAAGGUCGAGUUUUCAUAGGCUUUCCUACCCAUCAGACUACUGGGUUUGCCGGUUCGAUCGCUGCGCGCUUUAUACCCACAGUCGAGCGUGAAUCUCUCGACCUUCAAGCCAAAUAUGUCGCUGAUUGGAACAAGGAACUUUUGGCAAUUGGAGGAAUAUUAGCUAGAAUGAUUUAUGAGGGCGAAAUGAAGGAGAUUGCAACACUUUGGACGAAGAAUAUUCCUGAUUCCACACGAACAUGGCUUAUUAGUCGAGCACUUCAUGCUAUGCAAUUCUUUACCUUUCAUUCAUCGACACCAGCUGGAACGGUUUCUUUUGAUACCGAACAAAGCUUUUUUCAAUGUGAUCGGAACCGUACUAUUACUGUACCAUCAUCAUCAGGUCCACAGUCCGCCAUCAAUGUUCGGCUACCCAAUCCGGAAUUGGCCACAUUUCUCAAAAACAUCCCUGUCAUACCUAUUGAGGUCACCAAAAAUGCUCAGCUGAUGAUCACCAAAUUACGUGAACGGCGUCUGAUAUCGGAGAUUUCCCUCGAAGAUGUGUUCAAAGAGUUGGAAAACAGAGUAUUUACCGUAGAUGAGAUGCGAGAAUGUAUGACCUGGUGGAUAGGGCUAACAGGACUUCAAGGUUACGAUCGCUCAAUAGUUCAACGGUUUUUGAGAUCUGCGGUGUUCCAAUAUUCUCCACCUUCGCCUAGUUCCACACCGGAUUCUCUUCCUGCUACCAAGACUGCUCCCGAGGUCGCCGAGGUAAUCAUGCCUAUGAGUUCUGUCAAGACUUUUGUCAAUGUCAAGCUCAUCCCUGCCGACGUACCUACCCCGCCUCAUUGUCUACCCUUUGCUUUAACUAAAUCGAUGUCAAGCGAUUCACUGAAAAGAGUCUUUGGCUUCAAUGAACUCAACCUCUUGGAUUUUACGACUCAUCUUUUCUCUGCCGAGUUCAAGGGAGUCGACAGUAUCAGCGAAUCUCCUAUAUUUGCAGAAAAAUUCCUCAAUAUCUUGGCAAAGGCGUGGUCUAGUCUGUCAGCCGAACUUCAACGCGAGAUCUCGUCUUAUCUUCAGGAGAAAGUCUUCAUUCCUACGCGACAUGGAAUGCGUAAAUCAUCUGAGGCAUAUCAUUCAAAUGUAACAUUAUUCCAGGAUCUGGCUGUGGUAUGUCUUCCCAGUGGUACGCCUGUAAAAGGUGCGAUGGAGAAAGUUUUAACUGCAAUUGGGGUUCGAAAACAUGUCGAGUUACAAAUGGUGUUCUCAAGACUCCUGGGAAGUGGGGAGUGGAAUCAUGCAGAUUUGGUUAAAUACCUAGUGAGUGUACGAGACAUCCUCACUGAUGUCGAGGUCGAUCGUUUGAAACACACAAAUUGGCUUCCAAAAGAUGGCGAACCCAAAGUCCAACCCAUCCCUGGACCAGAUGGCAAAGUCAGGAAGCCAAAAACUAUCCGACAUGCGGCUAGUCAAUUGUAUGAGCCUACACCGGCCAAUCGUGAACUUCAACUCCCCCUUGUCGAAUGGCCCGUGAAGUGGAGAUCAACAUCAGAAGAAGCCAAAUUACUAUUCUUCCUAGGACUGAAUAAGAUCCCACCCAUCGAUGUCCUUUUGAAGAUUGCUGCCAACUCCCAAGACGGUUCCUUACGCGAGAAAGCCUUGGCUUUCUUCCUUGAACACUUUGCAGAUUAUCGAUCUUUGUAUCGACCAAACUCCCAAACUCCAGCUUAUGUCCCUUGUACGACUGGUUUGGUCAAUCCUCUUGAAUGUUAUUCGAACCCAGAUGCUUCUGUCAUGGGAUUUCCAGUGCUCCAAGACAAAUACAUGGUCGACUAUCAAAAAUUUGGAAUGAAACAGAAUCCUUCAUCAGCUCAACUUAUGAAAAGGCUCAUCGAACAACCUCCUAGCGAUACAACAAAGGCUAAGCUAAUCUAUGAAUAUCUAUCAACCAGAGUAGCAGAUUUCUCACAAUCAGAGCUGUCAAGCUUGAAGAAUGCUUCGAUCAUUCCUGUCGCUAAAGGCUCUCACGCAUCGCCCAGUACAUGUUUCUUCCAACCUCAAAAUUCUGUGAAAAGUGGCCCAUUCAAGAGCUUAUUUACAUACAUUGACUUUGGACUGGCAUCGAAGCCUUUCUUACUAGCUUGUGGUGUCAAAAACGAACCUACCGUCCAAGAGAUCACUGAAAUGUUGAUCGCAGAUCCUGCUAAGUUCUACGCGUUGGCUGGUUCUGCCGAGGAAUAUUUACAGGUCUUGCGGAACAUCGCAGCUAAUGCACAUCUACUCGGUCAUGGUCUCAAACAGGCCAUGCAAAAGUCUGCGUUUAUCCUAGGUUCGCGUAGAGUCUCGCCGAGCGGAACGGCGGGAGAGAAGGCACUAGUGUACGAUGAUGAUGAUGAUGAGAUCGAAGCUGGACAGCCUUUCGUUCACGUCCUUGCGUUACCCAGAGAUGUGGUUAUCAUUGAUGAUUCACAUUCUUACUCACAAUUUACGAGUAUCAUUAUCGCAUGCCCGCAAGAAGAGGUCUUUGAACAUCUAGCCGAAUCUCUUGGUGCCUCACGUCUGACCAAGAUCUUGAAGGAAAAGUUUCACAUAGAGGGUGUCAAUCCAGAGAAUGAACGUACCCGAGAGAUGCGUCAGUUGAUCAUUGAGCGAUGUCAUUUAUUCCUGUAUGAGCGUCAAGGAGUUCGUAAUGAUGUGAUUAGGGACGCAGAGUGGAUGAAACGGAAUCUGGUGGUCAAACAAGUCGAACACCUCGCUCUUCAGAGAGACCUCAUUUAUCUUGGCACCAAACACUCGAGUGUUUUACAAGCUACUGCUACAGCUUCAAUGGAAAACAGAAACAGUAUGGUCAUUUACCUUGCUCGGAAGACUGAAAUCGACUGGUUCGAGCUUGCGAGCACUGUCUGCAAGCAUAUAUUAGCUCACCAAAAGCUUAGCGACUCUUUGUUCUUCAUGACCAUAUUGCAGACUAGUCUGAAGAAUUUAAAAAGGCGAGGAGUGAAUGUGGAUCGUAUCAUCAACGCUCGAAAGGCCGAACGUGAAGCUAAUCAACAAAGAUUACGAGAGCAAAAGUUACAAAUGCAAUUGGAUAGUGCGAAUGAACUAACUCCCGAUAAACUUGAGACUCAAUCUCAAGAACUUGAAAGAAAGUUUCCGGAUGCAGAUCCAGAUUUUAUUAGACAAGCUUUACUAUCAGAAAAGGAGGAUCAUCUCAAACGAGUAUCUGAGAAAUUCCAACAUGGCGCAUAUAAGAAAAAGCCUGUUGCACCUCCUGUACCUGAGAUAUCACCUCAACAUAGUGGUUUGUUCAGUUCAUUAAGACGAAAACUUCUCAAUAAUGAAACAACGAGCUCUAAACCAAAUAGUCCGCUGGCUGGCGAAUCUUCCCCUCAUCCGCCCUCUCUCGAAGGACCCCGGCCGAAAUCUUUACUUCCACCCCCAUCACAGGCCACACCCAUGUCAGACAUUCGAUCUAAUUUGAUCAAAGCCAUCAAUGUUUCUCGACCGGAUACGAACAAUGACAUUCGAAGUAAACCAGACACCAAACCUGUUAAAGAAUCUGAACAAUCUUAUUGUGAUCCGAGUGGAGCAAGAGAAGAUUUAUCUUUCUUGACAACCGUUGGUGGAUUACGAUUUUAUGUAUCAAGACAAGUGAGUAGUGGUGAGAUGGUGAUGAUGGAGUAUGGAGAUGCUUUGACACGUUAUGUAGAAAAGGUCAUCAAACCUGUAGGAGAGGUUUUCGAUAUCGAUCCUCGUAGUUUACAUGUCUUUUAUGAUCUCGAAGGACCGGUGAUUGCAUUCAAUAAGAAUGGAAGCUUGUUUUUCAACCUUCGAUAUUACUUAGCAUGGUAUGAUGAUCACGUGAAAAAGGGAAUUCUUGCAGAUGCAUUGAUUGGAACAUUCUCAAGUUUUGCACACGAAUUAGCUCAUAAUCUUGUUACUGAUCAUAAUUCGGAACAUGAGUGGUGGAUGAGCUCAUUUAUCGAACAAUACUUUUUAAGGAUUGCAGCGUAUAUUGCUUCUGUUGUACCAGUGCCUUCAACAGAGUAG